AACGGCAAUCAGAAGAUAGACAUCGCCGGUGUUAAUAUUAAAAUCUCUUACUUGAUUUUUUUAGAAAUGGCCAAUUAUAAAAAGUCUAAAGAAGGUCUCGACAAAAAUAAUAAAUAUGAUCGCCAAUUAAGGCUAUGGGGUGACCAUGGACAGACUGCAUUAGAAACUUCCAGGGUAUGCUUAAUAAAUGCAACUGCUACUGGGACAGAAAUUUUGAAAAACUUAAUAUUACCAGGAAUUGGAUCAUUUACUGUUGUUGAUGGCAAUAAAGUACAGGGAGAAGAUGUUGGCAACAAUUUUUUCCUCACUAAGGAGUCAAUAGGGCAGUCUAGAGCAAAAUUUGCCACUGAGUAUUUAUCUGAAUUGAAUGAAGAUGUUUCCGGAGAUUUUAUGGAAGAGCAACCAGACAAGAUGCUGGACACAAAUGUAGAUUUCUUCAACCAGUUCACUGUUGUCAUAGCUACAAAUCUUUGUCAAAGGACUUUAUUAAAACUUGGAAAAUGUCUAUGGGAGAAGAAUAUACCACUACUUGUGUGUCGUUGCUAUGGUUUUAUAGGAUAUAUGAGGCUUGUCGUGAAGGAACAUACAGGAACAGGUUCUUUUCUAUCCUCUAACAACAGUCUUGUUGGAGUUGUCUCCAUUCAACAGGAUUCUUACGUUGUUGAGUCACAUCCAGAUAAUGCACAUGAAGAUCUGAGGUUAGACCGACCAUUUGAUGGGCUUGUAAAGUUUAUAGACUCAAUAGAUCUCUCAUCAAUGAGUAAAAAGGACCAUUCUCAUACACCUUGGUUGAUAGUUCUAUACAAAUACCUCCAGGAAUGGAAAGAAAAGCAUAAUGGAGAAGGUCCUAAAGUGUAUCGUGAAAAGGUUCAGUUAAAAGACAUGAUCAGAGAAGGUAUAAGAAAAUCAGAUGAAGGUGUACAGGAAGAUGAAGAAAACUUUGAGGAAGCAAUAAAAGCUGUCAACACUGCCCUUAAUCCAACAAAAAUUCCUUCUGAAGUUGCGAGAUUAUUUAGUGAUCCAGAAUGUUUAAAUCUACACUCGGAGAGUUCUAAUUUUUGGAUUCUAGUCAGAGCUAUCAAAGAGUUUGCAGAUAGUGAAGGGAAUGGUGCUCUCCCCUUGCGUGGCACCAUACCUGACAUGACUGCAGACUCGGAGAGAUAUAUUCAGCUUCAAAAUGUGUAUCAUGAACAAGCUGACCUUGAUAUUUCCAUAGUAACCCAAAGAGUUCAUGACCUUCUACAAGAUAUUGGCAGGGAUGAGCCGUUGGACCCACUGUCCGAGGCCUGGAAAAAUCUGUUGGCACGUAGAAAAGCUGGAGGAAUAUCAGAACAGGAAAUCAAAACAUUCUGUAAGAAUGCAGCUUUUAUACGAGUGGUAAGAUGUAGAAGUUUAGAACAAGAAUACUGUGAUCACUCAGACAAAAUCAAGGAUAUAGGUCAGCAUUUAGAUGACGAGGAACCGGAUGAUGUGGUAUUUUAUAUAUUACUACGAGCUGUAGAUAGAUUCUAUGAGCAGUAUAACACAUAUCCUGGCUGGUAUACAGAUCAUGUCGAGUCUGAUGUUGUUAAACUAAAGAACUGCCUUAGCAAGCUACUUCAUGACUGGGGACUGUCGUGUAAUAUUAAAGAUGAUUUUGUACAUGAAAUGUGUCGCUAUGGGGCAUCGGAGUUACAUACCAUGGCAUCGUUCAUAGGUGGCGCUGCAGCCCAGGAAGCCAUAAAAAUAAUCACACAACAGUUUGUGCCUGUUAACAAUACUUACAUUUACAACGCAAUGAAACAGACGUCUGUAACAGUUGAAUUAUGAUCGUACGAGCUGAUUAUAAAACAAUAAUGAUCAAAACUCGAGAUAAUGUUUUAACGUUUUACCAGACAACGCCAUAUGUAUAUGAUCACUCAUAGCAAGUUAUCAACCUCGUGAUAUUCUAAUGAUUAUAAAACAUGACAUAUAUUCAAUUACUUCAAGGUUAACACGUUACCAGCAAUGUAUGAUACAUACACUGACUAUAAUAAUACAAACUCAGCACAGAGACACUGUAAAAUGUUGUCUAUUUAGAAUAAAAUAUAGAAUGAAAAUCUUUUCAAUUUAUUAUUAUUCAAUUUGCAAUGUUGUACAUUUACAAGAUAAUUAUAUUUUUAAGGGUAUAUCGUAACGAUCAGAGAGCAAAGGCUGAAAAGUACAUAAUACUCGUCAAAAGAAAAUUGGUGGCAUUAUUUAUGUUUUCAUAUCAAUCAUGAUGUAAAAGUACAGGUUUAAGUAUAGCAGAAUAAAUUUGUACAAAAAAAAAAUAUUAUUUUAUAAUAUGUUAACAACAAAAUAAGACAUGUGUUUCAACUGUACUGAAAAAGUGAAUUUUCCCUUGACUGUACCUCUAAAAAAUGUGGCAUGGUUUGUCAAUAUGUAAACGAGCCUAUUCUACAUAAUAUAUAAAGUUGUGUUUUAUUGGAUAUUUGGAUCUCACUUGAUAAGAUAUUUCCAAUGGAGUUGUACGAUACAGAAUUGAUAAACAUAUUGACAGGUCACUGAAUGUCAAAUUAAACCACAUUGACAGCCCACUGAAUAUCAAAGUAUCCAAUGAAAAUGUAUGAUAUAGGUGUUAUUUAACAAAUAUUAAUAGUUCAAAUGCACUUGGUUAAGUUGCCAUCCUAACUAGAGCAAAGAAAACUUUUAUAAUAACUAAAAUACUAUCAUGAUUUGAUAGGGGCUUAUUUUAUUGUACAUGUACUAUUUCAUUGUUUUUCUGUCAAAUAGAAUAAAUAUUUCACAAAAAGCAGAAAA